UCAGCUAAUUUUUCUCCCGUUUCCCUUUAAAUUCCCCGUGCCCACGAACUGGAAAGCAACAACUAAUAGAAAGAAAAAAAAAAUUGUUACAAAUUCUCUACGCUUCUCUCUAACAAGUCAACCUCAUAUAUCUCCAAGAUUCUCUAAAAUUCUUCGUUGACAGAUAAUGGAUGAAUUUUACUUUAGGAGGAGCCAUGUUCCAGCUUUUGGUAGCUGGGAUUGCAACGAUGAUCUUCCAUUUACACAGUGCUUUGAAUCUGCAAGACAAGCUGGGGUUUGCCGGUAUAGCUACUCCGAUGAAGAUCGGGAUUUGUACGUUGCCGGAGAUUUGUACGAGAAUGAUGUUGUUACUCCGGCCAUGAUUGUUGUUCCUCGCCGCCGAGCAAAAAGAGGUUAUCCUCAAGAAAAAGAAGAGAAAAAGGAAGCAGCAACAUGGGUGGUGUGUGAUAAUGACAGUGACAUGAAAGCAUCACCAUCUCCUGUCACGGCAUCGCCACCAGCAAGACCACCACCCAAGGCGGUGGAUGAAGAUUUAUACAAGAUUUCGCCGGCGCUCCUCCGCGCACAAACCAAAAAGAAGAAGGCGUGGGGUUUCUUUUCAAGCUGUCUGCUCCCGGCUCGUGUCUGUUGAAAAUGGUGAAAAGCUGAUGGGAUUCAGUAAAUAUAUGCAAAAAUGAGAGAAAAAAUAUAAAUCACUGGUUUUCAAUAGCGUGCAGAGGCAAGAAAGUGUUUGGUCCAAGAAGAUAAUUAAUCAUUAUCUGGUGAUAAUGAUAAGAAUUAAAAAUUCUUGUAGUAACAACUGUUUUGGAAUAUUUUUUACCGUUGGAUGGAAUAUCUUUGGAAUUUGCGACUA